GAUGAGUCAAUUCAAGAACUCCAUCGUAAAGGUUACACAUCAUAUAGACGCCGAUUUCAAUUAAAAAUGCGAAUAAAGUACAUCUUGAAAAAUAUCAAAAGAAUCCCAAAACGACCUCCACCAAUAAUGAAAACCAACAAUGAGCUGACAACUUCAACAAUACAACACUUACCAUUAUCUACAUCGUAUACCCCAAUCUUGCGUGUAGCGAUCGGAAUUACCAGCUUCAAUAAAUGUUUAGUACCAAUGAAAUGGCUAAACUGGAUGGUCAAUAAAUUAGCGACGCGAUCGAAACCCGUAAUAGAUAUAUGCGCAGCGAAUAAUUUAACCGUUGGGCCAAUGGCAUUAAGUAUUCAGAAAGUCCCGUGA